CCUCCGGAGCGGAGCAGGCUUCUGGAUGAGCCGCUCAGCUUUCAGUGACUUCAGAAACUGUUUGCAUACCAAUCUCUCCUCUUAGCACGGCUCACUUCUCCAAACUGGGAUCGCACACCUCGGAGCGGUGGAUUUUAAUAGCUGGACGCUGCCGGGCACAGUUCACCUCCGAGGACGACCACACCGAUCGGCUCUAUUUGUUUGAUUUUACCUUCAACACUCCUAAGGUUCCUGAACCGGUUGGUAAGAGACAUUUCUGCGGGGGAAGAGCGUGUCACAGGCAGAGAUUUCAGGACAGAGCUGCGCUUUGAGCCCAUGAAAACAGGAGAGGAGAGAGAACCAAGAGAAGUCAUCAGCUUCACCUGAACGCAGAGGCACAAGCAGAUCCACAUGGGGCAGGGAGAGGCUUCAGCGCGGGGGACGACCAUGGAGGGCGACUGUCUCAGCUGCAUCAAGUACCUCAUGUUUGUCUUCAAUUUCCUCAUCUUUCUGGGGGGCUCUUUCCUCCUGGGAGUGGGAGUGUGGGUCCUGGUGGACCCCACAGGCUUCAGGGAAAUAGUAGCAGCAAAUCCCUUGCUGUUCACUGGGGUCUACAUUAUCCUGGGGAUGGGAGGCAUGCUCUUCCUGCUGGGCUUCCUGGGCUGCUGCGGAGCCAUUCGCGAAAACAAGUGUCUGCUCCUUUUUUUCUUCAUGCUCAUCCUCCUCAUCUUCUUAGCAGAGCUGGCUGCUGCCAUCCUGGCCUUUAUAUUCCGGGAGCAUCUGACCAGAGAGUACUUCACCAAGGAGCUGAAGAGACACUAUCAGGGCUACAACAACACUGACGUCUUCACCUCCACAUGGAACGCCAUCAUGACUACAUUUGACUGCUGUGGGGUGAACAGCCCCGAGGAUUUUAAGGACAGCUUGUUCAGGGUGAUCAACCAGAAUCAGGUGGUGCCAGAAGCCUGCUGCCAGCGUGCCAGUCAGACCGGGGAGGUGGCCUUUAUCAACCAGGAGCCGUGCUUAUCAGGAAAUAUGAUGUUGCGCCAUAACAAGGGCUGCUACUCUGCAGUCGUCGACUACUUUGAACUGUACAUCUAUGUGGCUGGAGCUCUAGCCAUCGUGGUGCUGACCAUUGAGCUCUUCGCCAUGGUCUUUGCAAUGUGUCUCUUCAGGGGAAUCCAGUAGAGCUGCUCCAUCUGUGAACUUCUUCUUUUUAAAGGGAAUUCAGGAAAGAAGAAACAAAAAAAUGGACACAUGUAAAUUUGUUAAUCCUUUUUUCUAUUGGCUAAUUGGUAGAAAAAAAAACAAACUCAGACUCUUGUACUUCACAGCUGGACUUUUGAGGUACUGGGUGGCAAAAAAUAAACACACACACAAAAACCUUAGAGAAAGUGGGAGAUCAGGAACAAAGCUGAUGUUAAAAGAUUUGAGUGUAAAGUGGGAACAGUGAUAUUUGGACCAGGUCUAGCACAGACUGGUGGACGAGCAUGAGGACCAGGUGAAGCCUCGGCAGAAGGCACUGCACUGACUUUUGGAUGAAGAAUAUUUAUAUUAAGUAAAGUUGGCUUAACUGUAAAAAAAAUGUGUUUUAUGUACACUUUGGCUGUUACCCUUAAACCUUUCAUACUGUAAACUGCAACACACCCCCCCCCCCCCCCCGCCUCCAUAUGCCUUUGUUUUUUUUUACAGCCACUCUCCUUUUAUGCUGUAUUAUAAAAGCUGGAUGUGUGUGGAUGUGUGUACGUGUGUAUAUACUUGAUGCUCUUUUUGAAUGUGUAUGAACGAGUCUGUGAGCAUGAGGCUCUUCAUGACCCCUCCCAAGCUUGAAAGCCAACCUCUGGUUCCUUUUCUAUUUGUAUGGUGAUGUUUAUUGCAGUAGUGGUUCCAUGUGGUUCUAGGUGGUGAAAUGUAUGUGUACGCAUUUGUAUUAGAUCUUGAAAAGUCGAUGACAUAAAUGGCAUUCUACAUGA